GGCCCUGACUUGGAAUAUGAUUUCUCGAAUUAACUUACGAAAAGAAAGAGCAACUAAAAAAAGAAAUAUAUAUCCCAAUCUUUUCUCCCUAUUCCUAAACGAAGAGUGGUUCCCUAAAUCUCUGACGUCACUUCCCCCGUUACAAGCUGAUGAUUUCAAACAGCACACAUGGAACCUAUGUUUAGUUACAAAAUCUUCUCUUCUCAAGUAGCACCACUUUAGUUAUUUCUUUAGAAUCAUGGAGAGAUCCAAAAAAUAUUUUUUGCUUUUUUGGGGUCUAUUGGAGACUUGGGUUUUUAGUGGGACUAUUUUGGGGUGGUCUGCUCUGCACUAUAUGCUCAAAAAAGAAGGGGUUUAUGGACAUUUAUGUACAACAAUUGAAGUUCCUGCAGAAAAUUCUACAUUAUUUGACGUUUCCGAGCUUGUUGAUGCAAUAUAUGAGUUUCCUGAUGUAGUACCUUCUGUGCAAGUUACACUAGCACAUGCAGUGGGUUGCAACGCUCAAGAUAAAAUACUCAAUCUUGGAUACACAAUAGGAAUAUUCUGUGUAGGAUUUAGUGCAUUCAUAUGGGGUUUCCUUAUUGACAGGCUUGGACUCAGAAUUAUCAGAUUAUUGCUCAACGGUCUUAUUUCAUUGGGUACUAUUCUUCUAUCAGUAACUACGAAAGAAACAUCUUACCUGAUAUUUCCUGCACUUACGUUAAUGUGCUUGGCUGGUGUACCGCUUCGACUAGCCAAUAUGCAAAUAGCAAACCUUUUUCCAACCAGAAGAUCUACCGUCAUUACUCUCUACAGUGGAGCCUUCACUGCAUCUGCAUCCAUAUUUAUUUUCAUGAAGUAUGGAUAUGAUGCAGGACUUUCGUGGGAGUGGGUGUGCUAUAUUCUUGUGGCCUACAGUGCAUGCAUGUUACCCAUUACUCUAUUUUGCCUACCCGUGGAUCGAAUCAGGGAUGACAGUGAAAAGGGUCGAACACUCAUCUUCAAAAGAGUCGGUGAUAUUGCCGUCAUCACAACAGGGCAAGAUGGAAAAUUUAAUGCAAUACCAGCUUCACCUUUGACUUUAAAGAAAACAUUUGAAGGAUUAGAGCCUAUUCCCCGAAAAGUAUUGCAAAGUGUAGAAAUGGAAAAAGAGAUAACUACUGCCAGUUUGGAGGAACAACUACCAUUUAAGGUAGCUGUCACGUCUUUUUCCUUCUCUUUGCACCAAUAUUGGUUCUCAUGGUUGUUGCUGGCAACUCUCAAUUACUCUGGGUCUCUACAUUUAUGGAUGGAGAGAAUAAGUUCCGAUUUCCAUGUUGUAAGUAGGUAUACACAGAUUUAUGGUUUGUGUCAAGUUUCCUCUCUAGUUCUGGCACCAAUAGCAGGCAUUGUAAUGGACAGAACUCUGAAUUCAGCUGCUCAAGAGCCAGACUUUGAUAAGCGAAAACUGAUAAAGCUUAGAUCUGGAUUCUGGCCGAUGCUUUUUACAACAAUAGCGCAGGCUAUUGUUCAAAUUUGCAAGUUUUUUGAAAAUGAUGAUUCAGUGUACAUAUCAAUCGCCUUCACUACUAUUCUAAGAUCAUUUCAUGUUGCUGUUGCCUCUGCCUAUUUAAGGAUAAGAUUUCCUGCAAGCCAUUUCAACCGAUUAUUGGGCAUUAUGAGCACAACAGCUGCUGUUGGUUCCUUACUUCAGUUUCCACUAUAUGUUUGGGAAUCCCAUUCAAAAGAGGAUGUUUUACAAGUAAACAUCUUCAACCUCAUUACUCUGUUGUUGUGUUUUGUUCACCCUCUUCAUCUACUCUUCACACCUUUGCAGAAGCGAUUUAUUCGUAAAGAAAGAGACAUUAUACUACAAGCUAAAACCACGAACUCCUAGUCAAUUAAUAAUUGUGAUCCUAGUAGCAGCAGCGCACCAAGCGAAGAUUUUUAUGAACAUGUUCGAGUAAAGCUUCUAUGAGAGCUAUAAGCGAAAAUGUGUGGUGCUCGUGAAAUUACUUCUUAGUUUCUUACCUGAUGUGCUAAAUUUGUAGGUGCCAAAAGAAUUAUUUUCCUUAUUUUAGAGGAGCAGAACUGGAAAUGCUUAAGUUGGAUCCAUGAUUUUUAUUUUUACUAUAAUUUCUCUCCUGAUGCUGCAUUUAUACUUAAGAAAGUUCUUUUUAAAUUGAUUUGGUUUACUUAUAAAUGAACAAUUCCAAAGAUCAAAUGAAGAUAGUUUCAGUGAACGACUAUAAAACUUAUCAGGAGUUAAAACCACUUAAUAAUUGUUUUAUAAUGUAUUAUAAUUAUUAGAUGUAGUUUUUUUUUAUAAAAAAUAAAUGAGAAUUAUAAAUGUUUAAAUGAAAGUGAAGGUGGCAUAAUUAAGUUAUAGAAAAAAGUAUUAUUAUUUUUAAUGCUUAGUUUGAUAACAGAACACUGAAUGGUGUUUUGUUAGCACUUGUAAACUUAACUUAAAUAAUGUAACUUAAUGUACUUAAACGGUGAUUAAAUGGUGCUUUUUUAUGCAAAUUGUAAACGAAUCAUCUUGUAUCAUCUUCAUAAAAUAUUUUUAUACAGAGAUGGCAUGAAAAAAGUUAGGGCCCAAGAAUGCAUUCUGUUGGUUGAAAAUAUUGGAGCUAUAAAUAAUUCAAAUGAUGUGCUUGACAUUUGUUAAUAAUAAUUAAAAAAACUAGUACAAAAAACACUGAUAGGCGGUGGAAUGGUAAAUUUAAUACUUUAUGCAAUGCUGAAUUAUACAUUGGAACUUUUUGUAUUCAUUUUCUUCGUAAUUCUUUUAUAGCUGCAACAGAAUUCAAAUGGUUCUUGUAGUGCAUUUUACCAAUUGUGUUUUUUAAUAGGUGGUGGGGAGAUAAAUUUAAUACUUUAUACAUUGGAACUUUUUGUAUUUGUCUCAUUUGGUGGAAUUAUUCUACAGCUGUAAUAAAACUCAAAUGGUUCUUGUAGAGCAUUUUACUAAUAGUGUUUUUCAAUAGGUGGCUGGGAGGGAAAUUUAAUAAUUUAUACAUGCUAAAUUAUACAUUGGAACUUUUUGUAUUCGUCUUAUUUGGUGGAAUUCUUCUACAGCUGUAAUAAAAUUCAAAUGGUUCUUGUAGAGCAUUUUACCAAUAGUGUUUUUCAAUAGGUGGCGGGGAGGGAAAUUUAAUACUUUAUACAUGCUAAAUCAUACAUGGGAACUUUUUGUUAUUGAAUUUACCACCUUUAUAUUAUUACCUGGAACUUUAUAGCAUUUUACCAAUAGUAUUUUUCAAUAGGUGGCGGGGAGGGAAAUUUAAUGCUUUAUACAUGCUAAAUUAUACAUUGGAACUUUUUAUUAUUGAAUUUACCACCUUUAUAUUAUUACCUGGAACUUUAUAGCAUUUUACCAAUAGUGUUUUCCUUGCAACGUGGACGUAGGCACACAUGACAUGAGGCAGUAGCUGAUGCUCGUGCAAAAUCCGUCGUAUUUUUUACCACGAAGUAUGGAGAAGAGGCUUGCUCUGUAACGCAAAUGCUUUUUCCCAUUUUCAACCUAUGCAAAUGUAUGUAAUGUAUGCUUAAUAUAUUUCUGUUGAUGAACCUUGUUGUUCUAAAGUAUUUUUGUUAUUUAAUAUAUGUCAAGUGCAUAAUUUAAAUUACCUUUUGUACAAACUUUAUCUCAUUUGGACCAAUAUAACGCACGAUAGUAUCAUCUGUGGAAAGUUUAUUUUCUGCUUACCCCGUAUUUAGGGCAAUUACUGAAGGAGUGUGAUGGUCUCAAUUCCAUUGAAUGAGUAGCAUAGAUA